GCUCGCCUGUGAAGCACUCUACACUCUCAAAUCUCGUUUACCUACUCUCGCUUUCUCUCUUAAAUCCGCACUCAGCGCUACUUUCUUCUUUUCAGCUGUUUCGUUCCCCUGAAAUGCUGAAUCUUGCGCUGACCCCUUUCUGAAAUUUCUUGAUCUCCUGCGAGCACAAUCGGCCAUGGGAAAAGCUGGGGCUCGGGAAUGAAACCUUUAAUCUUAGAGGCAAUGUGUGGAAAUUUCAGAGUCUUAUAAUGGUGGCUGCCAUUUCUGAAGCAGCUUCAACUGACCCGCUGAACACCAAGGCUUCCUCGACCCACCGAAACCCAUCGAGGCCUCCUCUUUUACAUUCAGAGAAAGACAAUGGGACUCUUCCAAGAAGACCCAAGGGUAGGCAGGUUUCUUCCAGGUACAUGUCUCCUUCUCCAUCGACUUCUACUUCCACUUCAACCUCUUCGUCGUCUUCAUCUAGGAGAUGCCCCUCUCCCCUCCUUUCACGCUCCAUCAAUUCCGCACCCUCAUCGACCCCCGUACCCUCUACGGUGCCCAAACGGUCCCAAUCAGUGGACCGUAGGCGACCCGCGACUCCGAACAGGCCUUUGACGCCUGUCCUACGGCAAGGAAAUGCCGGUGAUGUAUCGGCGGCUACGAAGCUUCUGGUCACUUCUACGCGGAGCUUGUCGGUUUCGUUUCAAGGGGAGGCGUUUUCACUUCCGAUUAGUAAGACAAAGGCUGCGACACCCACUUCGAGCAAUGCCAGGAAGGCUGCAACGCCAGAGAGGCGGAGGUCGCCUGCAGUUAGAGGUAAGGUUGACGGUGGAGGAGAUCAAGUCGAGAACUCGAGACCCAUGGACCAGCACCGAUGGCCGGCUCGGACCAGGCAGUCGAAUUCGGGUUCCAAUCACUUGUCAAGGAGCAUGGAUUUCAUUGGUGAUAAGAAGCUUGUUGGAAACGGAUUUGGAAAAGUGGUUCGGGCGUUGCAGCAAUCAAUGAUUGGUGAUGGUAGAAGGGCAUCUUUUGACGGGGGAUUGAGUUUGGAUUUAGGCAAAGAUGAAUUAUUGAAGGAUGCUCAGCAGAGCUCAGAUGUAAAUUCAGUAAAUGAUUCUUCGUUGCCUUCUGAUCUCACUGCAUCUGAUACAGACAGCGUUUCCUCUGGCAGCACUUCAGGAGCACAAGAUUGUGUUGGAGCUGGCAAGGGUCGACCUCGUGGCAUUGCUGUGUCUGCGAGGUUUUGGCAAGAGACUAAUAGUCGGCUGCGCCGUUUGCAGGAUCCUGGUUCACCCUUAUCAACAAGCCCUGCCUCAAGAAUGACAGCUCCUUCAAAGGUUGUUCAAUCCAAGAAGUUCACUAGUGAUGGCCCACUAUCAUCCCCUCGAACUAUGGCUUCCCCAAUCAGAGGAACUGCGCGUCCUGCCUCUCCUAGUAAACUAUGGGCAUCUACAGUCUCAUCACCAUCAAGGGGAAUCUCUAGUCCAGCACGGGUGAGAAGUGCAGUUGCCAGCUCCAUCAAUAGUAAUUCUUUGAAUCCACCUUCAAUUCUUAGUUUUUCAGUUGAUAUCCGGAGGGGAAAGAUAGGGGAGGAUCGAAUAUUUGAUGCACACACGUUACGGAUUCUGUAUAACCGAUAUGUGCAGUGGCGGUUUGCCAAUGCAAGGGCAGAUGCUACCUUUAUGGUGCAGAAACUAAAUGCAGAGAGGCAUUUAUGGAAUGCGUGGGUAACGACAUCAGAACUACGGCAUGCAGUCAUACUUAAACGAAUCAAGUUGCUAUUGCUGAGGCAAAAAUUGAAGUUAACUUCCAUCAUGAAGGGACAAAUUUCUUAUUUGGAAGAGUGGGCCCUUCUAGAAAGAGAUCACUCCAGUUCUUUGGUUGGAGCAACUGAAGCUUUGAAGGCCAGCACCCUCCGUCUUCCUGUCAUUGAAAAAGCAAUAGCCGAUGUACCAAAUCUGAAGGAUGCCUUGGGGUCAGCAGUUGAUGUCAUGCAAGCAAUGUCAUCCUCAAUCUAUUCUCUUUCAUCAAAGGUGGAAGAAACUAACUCCCUGAUGGCAGAACUUGUAAAGGUGACUGCAAAACAAAGGCAUUUCCUCGAACAAUGCAAGGAUUUCUUGUCAUCUUUAGAAGCUAUGCAGGUCAGGGAUUGCACCUUAAGAACACAUAUAAUACAACUUUGUCGUGUUCGGACUACUGGCUGCCACCUGACAACACGUGUGUAGGACUGAUCUUUCUUGACUCCUCACUCUUACUGCUAACACUAACCAGCUUUUUAAUUUCCCACGGGUGAAGAUGACACAGAAGGUAACGACAAUGGAAUAUGGAGCUGAUAGCUUAGCUGGUUUUUGGUUUUCUGUGUUUACAUUUUUUGUUUUCGGAACCUAAUAUGUUCCUGUUGAAUGUCGUGUGUAGUAUAUGUUGUGUAUGAAUAUCAUCAUCACAGGAAAAAGAAAAAGGUGACCUUUUUUUCCUUCUGCUUCUUUGUUAGGUAGUUGGAAGCAAUUCCCUUGGUUCAAGUGUAUGUAUAUAAUCAACUAACCAUUUGUUUAUUAGGUAAAUUUGUGGCCAAGAUCCUUCACUUGAACACCAGUCCUUGCUGUUUGAUUAUUGUCGUUAUCAGUUUUAGCAA